AUGCAAUGCAGUAAAAUCGAACUUGAGAGGCUGGGAUCGAUCGAGCUGGGAAAAAAGCAAGCCCCUGAACCCCCUAACGAAUUCCGCCUGCUCCAACGUGAUAUCGUUCCCCUUUUAACGCCCAGGAUAUAUGCAAUAUAUGUUGGUGACGAAGUAAAUGUUGGUGAACCCCAGGAAGCUCCAGGCUCGUUUCCAAUCUUCAGGGUGUCGGAUGUUGGAGGCACCAACUACAUCAUUCUAUUUCGCUCAUCUUCCAGACAGGUUCCUGGCUCGAGAUGGGCUCUGUUCCUCAGGAUCACACUCAAUCUGGGGUGUGCUCAGAACGUUUGCAUAUCUGUGAGCCCGAACUGCGUUGCUAGCCAUGUCGAUACACGUAAGACUGUUCCAGAAUGCCGUCUUCCCGCAGCUGAGGCUGUUGAUCUACCAAUACGAACAACCCCAGUCCCAAAUGAAAGCAUCUCUCGAAGGAUCUCGGAAUUUGUCGCUGGAUGA